AUAUGUCAUGUUACGUAAUAAUGCUAUGGAAUUAUUUACAGUAGGCUAUGUAUUCAUGGUGUAGACCUGUUUGGCAAGCUGGAAUAUAUGGAUUAUUAAACAGUAUGGUCAAUAGAGGGAAGCAGAGAGUUAGAUGUUAACUUCAGCUUAGCUUAGCUUAGCUUUACACAACCGAUCAGCCCCAUAGAUGGAUCAACCCAAAGUAAUACAUUUUUAACAGAAUUCAGGAAAAAAAUAGAAACCACUUAAAAACAUAGUUAAGAUUAAGAUGAAAAAUUAAAUCUUUGCCAUUCCAGACACCUCUCUCCAGCAUUUUUCCUAUUUCUUCCUCUGUUAGAGACUCCCUCAAUGAGUGAAAGUGAAACUCAUCAUCACUGCUUCCUGCUCAGUCUGGGUGUGGGGUUCAACAGUUUUGAGCUUUAGACUGUCCGUGUGUGCACCAAAAUGGCAGAAUCCAGCAUUUCAGUGGCUCAGGAUGAGUUCAGCUGUUCAGUGUGUCUAGAUCUACUGAAGGAUCCAGUUACUAUUCCCUGUGGACACAGUUACUGUAUGAGCUGUAUUUCAGGCUGCUGGGAUCAGGAUGAGCAGAAGAGAGUCUACAGCUGCCCUCAGUGCAGACAGACCUUCACUCCAAGACCUGCUUUAGGGAAAAACACUAUACUGGCUGAAGUGCUGGAGAAACUCAAGAAGACAAAACUACAAGCUGCUCGUCCUGCUCAGUGUUACUCUGAAUCUGCAGAUGUGGAGUGUGAUGUUUGUACUGGAGACAAAAACAAAGCCAUCAAGUCCUGUCUGGUGUGUCUGAACUCUUACUGCCAAAAUCAUCUUGAACAACACGAGAGUUUCUUCAGAGGUAAAAAACACAAUCUGAUGGACGCCACUGGACGACUGCAGGAGAUGAUCUGCCCUCAACAUGACAAACUACUGGAGGUUUUCUGUCGUACUGAUCAGAAGUGUAUUUGUCUUCUGUGUGUUGUGGAUGAACACAAAAACCAUGAGACUGUAUCAGUUGCAGUAGAGAGGAUUGACAAACAGAGACAAUUGGAGCAGGCACGAAGAACACACCAGCAGAGAAUCCAGAGGAAUCAGAAGGAGUGUGAGGAGCUGAGAGAGGCUGUUGAGUCUCACAAGCGCUCUGCACAGGCAGCAGUGGAGGACACUGAGAGGAUCUUUACUGAGCUCAUCCGUUCCAUUGAGAAAAGCCACUCUGUGGUGAAUCAGCUGAUCAGAGAUCAGGAAAAGGCUGCAGUGAGUGGAGCUGAAGGACGACUGAAGCGACUGAAGCAGGAGAUUGAUGAUCUGAGAAGGAGAGACGCUGAGCUGGAGCAGCUUUCACACACAGACCAUCACAUCCAUUUCCUCCAGAGUUUCCAGUCUCUCUCGGCUCCUACUGGAUCUACAGACUCUUCCAGCAUCACUGUCAGCUCUCGCCUCUCUUUUGAUGAUGUUAGUAAAUCUGUGUCUCGUCUGAGAGAAAAAGUAGAGCAUUUCUGCAGAGAGGAGAUAGAAAUUAUAUCUGGAAAGGUAAAAUACACUGAAUGUGUAUUCACUCCUGAACCCAAGACAUGGAAGGAGCUUCUACAAUAUUCCCGUCGGUUUACUCUGGAUGCAAAUACCAUGCAUACAUGCCUCAGUUUGUCUGAGGAUAACAGAAUGAUUACUGAAACUGACUCAGAUCAACAGUAUCCUGAUCAUCCAGACAGAUUCGAUAGUUUGCUUCAGGUGUUGUGUAGAGAGAGUGUGAGUGGACGCUGUUACUGGGAGGUUGAGUGGAGCGGAAGAGGAGUGGGUAUAUCAGUCUCAUAUAAGAGCAUCAGCAGGAAGGGACGGGGUGAUGAAUGUGCGUUUGGAUAUAAUGAUCAGUCUUGGUGUUUGUAUUGCUUUCCCUCUAGUUACUGCAAAUAUUCAUUCUGUCACAAUUACACCGAGACUGAACUGCCAGUGGUUUCCACCUCGUCUAGAAUAGGAGUGUAUGUGGAUCACAGUGCAGGAACUCUGUCCUUCUACAGCGGCUCUGACACAAUGAGCCUCAUUCACAGAGUCCAAACCACAUUCGCUCAGCCACUCUACCCUGGGUUUAGAGUUUAUGGGUCAGUGGAAUUAUGUGAUACUAGAAAAUAAAUUAUAUAUAUAUAUAU